AUGGGAAUCGAUCUGAAGGCAGGAGGUAAGUCGAAGAAGACAAAGCGAACCGCCCCAAAAUCCGAUGAUAUCUACCUUAAGCUCCUUGUCAAGUUGUAUCGUUUUCUUGUUCGGAGGACUGGGAGUAAUUUCAAUGCCGUGGUCCUUAAGCGUCUUUUCAUGAGCAAGGUCAACAAGCCUCCGCUAUCCCUCUCUAGAUUGAUCCGUUACACCAAGGGAAAGGAGGAUAAGAUAGCUGUGGUGGUUGGUGCCGUGACCGAUGAUACUCGUGUAUACGAAGUCCCUGCUCUGAAGGUUACAGCGCUGAGGUUCACUGAAACUGCCAGAGCUAGAAUUGAGAAAGCUGGCGGGGAAUGCCUCACCUUUGAUCAACUGGCUCUUAGAGCUCCACUCGGCCAGAACACGGUUCUUCUUAGAGGUCCUAAGAAUGCUCGUGAGGCUGUCAAGCACUUUGGUCCGGCUCCUGGUGUGCCCCAUAGCCACACCAAGCCCUAUGUUCGUUCAAAGGGACGGAAAUUUGAGCGGGCGAGAGGGAGAAGGAAUAGCAGAGGGUUUAGAGUUUGA